UAUGUGGCGUAAUUUCCGGUGUUGUUUGAACUAUGCGAAGUAGGAAGCGAUCUUAGAAAAAUAAGAUGAAAAAUAACAUAAUUUUAUCUUUAUUUGUUCUCAUCUCUCUGUAUCACUCAUGCACCGCUAUUAUGUGUCACCGCUGUGUCAGUGCUAUGGGCGGAUGUGGAGAUGAUCUGGAUUGGAGAAUGUUUCCAUGGCGAGACUGUGGAGAUUCUGAGUUCUGUGUCAAAAUCAUCAAAAAAGUCGGAAGUGAGCAUAACAUAGUCAGGGAUUGUGAGAGUAGCUUGAUGAGAUCAACAAAUCAUCGCCUGAAGAUGCCUAAUUUGCGUCGCCAUGGUUAUUGUUUGCCGGCCAGGAAGAACGACGCCAGUAACCCUAUGGACACCGAGGACGAGAAAGUGAUGUACUGCUUCUGUAAUGACUGGAACGGGUGUAAUUCGGCCCCAGGGAUGUCCCCCAGAAUCCCAUUCCUCUCCGUCAUAUCCGCCCUCAUCUCUUUCACCAUCCUCAAAGUGCUGUGAUUGUCAUCCAGAUUCUAAACAGUUUACACCACUCUCAAAAUUAAUAAUUGCUUCAAAAUCUUUAAUGAGAUCCGAAUAGAUUUCUCAAAUUUUGAUUUUAAAUGAAGAAUGUGUACAAAAAUUGUUGUGCCAUAUUACAUGUGUACUUCCGAUUUUUUGAGUUUCUGAGACAUUUCUCUAUCCAUUUGAUUUAUAGUAUCAGUUGGUACCUCCCCAUCUUUUAAAUUGUUUGAUACUGUAUGAAACAGGUGUGGAUAUUACAUAUUUUAUACCAAUCAGUAUAUUCGUUAUACAUUGUAAUAAUCAUGUAUGUAUGUGGUUACUGUAAUUAGUAUGUCAUUUUAUAUAUGCAGCAAUUGUCACACAUAUUUGUAUAGACAUGUCUUGUAUAUUUUUUUAAUCUCAUUUUGUACAUAAUAAUGCAUCACAAUUGAUUAACACCAUAAAACAUAUGUAUGUGAUAUACUAGAUUUUUACUGUGAAGAAUACUUUUGUAUAGCAACAUUUAUUAUAACUGUAGAUACAUAUCAGAUUGUGAAUUUAUUGCAUUGUUUUUAAUGUCUUACUGCAAUAGUUGUUGGUCUCCAUCGGGUUACUAGAUACAUGUAUAACUGACUUGGUACAUUAUUGGUAUCAGGCUCAUACAUAUCAACAAGUUUGUGUAUCUUUGUAGGAGUAAUCUGCCCUUGUUGGAGACAGUGUAUAAAUUAA